AUGUCUUCUACUCCACCCAAAAACGGUGAUACAUCCAACUCCCCUGACGUCAAACCCCUUCCAAGGCAAACUAGAUCAGAUUUUGACCUCGAACCAAACCCAUUCGAACAAUCCUUCUCCCGUCCCUCCCAUGUUCGCCAUUCUCCACGUUCAAAACGUGACUCUCCAAGUCCAGCUUCAUCCAAAUCUCAUCAUGACAGACCAACCUCUGCUGCUUCUAACCCCCAUUCAAAGGAUGGUAGGUCGGCUUCUCCAAGACCAGUACUCCCCCCUUUGGCAUCCAUAGCAUCUCCAAGCACAGAUCAAAGCUAUGGUUGGCAAUUUUCUUCAUCUCUCGCAAAUUCACUCCGUGCUGGUCCCCUCUCCCCCGCCAUGCUAGCCGGCCCCCAGCAGGGUUCAGACUCCGCCUCACAUAUGCCUUUUGACACCUCGUUCCGGACAGGAUUGACCCCCCGCACCGGCCUCACUCCCCGCACGGGAUUGACGCCAGGCACAGGUCUAACACCCCUCGUCGGGGGCCCAGUAUCCUUCCCCCCUCCCUCACCGAAUACCGCCGCAUUCCUUGCGCUUAUGAACAAUAAUGCAGGCGCUAAUUCAAAUGCGACUAUAACGCCAAACACCCUUAGUGCAAUCACAGGUGUCCUUGGUUCUUCGUCAGCACAGUAUAGUUCUGUCACACAUGCUCCCACCACGAGUUCUCAUUUAUCCACAUCCAUCACUGCCAAUCAAGAAAACAAUGACCCUCCUUACAUCAGCGCAUCCUCUGCCGCUAGUACUGCUGCAAAUGGUUUAUAUCUGCUUUCGCAAGCUCAUCAGGAGCUCACGAAACGUGAAGAAGCACAAGCACGUGCUAAUAGCGUGGCGAAUGCAUCCAAUGGGAGGCGUGGUACAAAGCGCAAGUCUUAUGAUGCUGCGAGUCCACCACCUCAACCUGCUCCCACGGCUCGUGUGCAGUCUCAGCAGCAGUCUGCUCCCGUCAAACGCGCACGUGCUAACACUGUAACCAGUGUCAGCACCAAUGGUCAUGGUAAAGCUUCUACAGAUGAUGAGGAGGAUGAGGAGGAUGAGGAUGAUGAUGACAUGCCACCAUCUCAGAACACCGGGGGACGGAAACAAAAGAAGCCUGAAACAGAAGAAGAAAAGCGACGCAACUUCCUUGAGCGAAAUAGACAAGCCGCCCUCAAGUGCCGACAGCGCAAAAAGGCGUGGCUUGCGUCAUUGCAGGCCAAGGUCGAGUAUCUUCAGACUGAGAACGAGCGGUUGACGUCCGCUCUCGUCUCGUCGCGUGAGGAGAUCUCGCGGUUAUCUGCCCUCGUUGGAGGCGCUGUCAUUGGACCGGGGGGACCGACUGUCGGUCCAGGAGUAGGGCCGCCACCAGUAGCGGUUAACGGCGUGGCCACGAAUGGCCAGCCGAUCAGCAUGAACAUGAAUCUGGUUGCCAAGGGUGCAGCGGCUGCCACCUCUGGCCGCGCGAGCUACGGGUACUAA